AAAAACAAUAAUUUUACCAUAUAUUUAUAUAUGAAAAUAUAAGGUAGAUUAUUUUGUUAAUUUUCUUAUAACAGUUUGGUAGUGAGCGUCUGUUCAUGUGCUUAUUACAAGGAUGUUCACAUAUUCGAUUGAAAAAACAACAUACUCUGCUAAAAUGUAUUGUUAAAAAUAAAUUAGCUAGAGAAUGCCUAAUUUGGCUCUUUUGUUUAUGAAUAACUUGGCAAAUCAUCGAGAGAUGGGUAGAUUAGAGAUAAUGCUCCUCUUUGGUUUCUUAUAAAUCUAACUUUAAAUGGAUUCUAAAAAUAUUGGCUCCGGAGCAGGUAGAUAUUUGGCUCUGUCUCCCUCUACCUCGCUAACUCGGGAGAUUGAGGGCAUUCACUCUAUGAUCCAUCGACUGUCAACCCUUAAUUCACAAAUAUCUAGCAGGAGAAGUGAUAAUGACAAAUCUUCUGUGGGUAAAGAAAUACAUACACCUCCAGAUGCUAGUAUUUCUACACCGUUGAGAGGGUUCAAUACAGGUGAUGCUUUUACGUCUUCUACUCUGACAUCCCAAGGGAAUAAAGAUUUUAAAAACAUUUCAUCUAACAAGUCUAAUUUCGGCACAACUACACCUGUUGCAAGCAAAAGGUCAAGAACACCCAAAGAUUUUCUUUCUAAUAAUUCCUCUUUGAGGUUUAAUGCCACAUCACUUAUUUCACUUCCGUAUGGAUAUGACAAUAAUACAUUCACAAAAAUAAGAUGUGAAGAUAUAAUUAUACCAAAAUUCACAAAAAAGAAGAAUGUAGAAAAUUUUAAACAAGGAAAGCGCCAAAGGAAGACUAUAAUGGAAAAGAUCCAUUCUCAGACAAACUCCCUUGAUGUUGAAGCAUCGAGCAACUGUCAUAUGAUUACCAGAAAUAGAAGCACCUCUAACGAUUCAUUUCAGUUCAAGGAUAAGUCAUCGUACCAACUCUUUCUCCACGAUGAUUAUGCUUCUAAUCCAUACAAAAGAAGAUAUUAUAGUGUAGUCAAUGAAAGGAAGAGGUUGUUAGGCGAUGAUUUGUCAUCGUGGGAUAACCUAGUAAUAUACCAAGAUUCUCAAACACUCAAACGUAAAUUUGCAAUAAGGAAGCAAAAAUUAGUCAGCUCUAAAAAGGAAACUCCUAUUUCCACACCUACAGAUAGUAUAGUUACUGAUAGAGAAUCUGUAAAUGAUUUAGUAUACAAACAAGAAAAAAAUUUACCUAUAAAACAAAUGAUAACACAAUUACCACAACUUCCAAGUGAUAAAAUGGAUUAUAUAAAGGAACUAUCCAUUACACACGAAUCCCUGGAGAAGAGGCUUAUUUAUGAAAUGAUUGAGGUCGUUCGGUUUAGUAUUACAUUCAGAAAGUGUCUCAUGAAUAUAUUUAAAGAAAAUAAUUUUAAAAGGGAGAUACCUCAUGAACUAUCAAAAGAAUUAGAUACCAUUAGUCUCUCAAUUUCAAAGCUAAUUUCUUCUCUGGAUAAUGAUAUAGUUUCUUUGUACUAUGCCAAGGGAUUAUUAAAUAGCGAUAACAAUACGGUUACUCCCAACACGGAUAGUAUAUCUGAUGGAAUUGUGGAUAACUUUGAUUCUAAAAAACAAAAACGUUAUCAAAAGAAUGAACAAUACGGCAUUCUUCAACCAUCAACGAGUAGAGAUGGUUAUCUUGACAAUUCUCCAAGCUCUAACAUAGAGAAGGGAUUCUUGGCAACUACGCCAUGUAUUACAUUUAUAAAUGGGUUAAAAUGUAUGUCGGGAAAAUGUGCUACUACAAAAGAUUCAUUAGAUACUAAUAUUGCCACGGAAUGUGAUUCAGCGGCAGGAUGUUAUAUAUGGUCUAAGUUUCUGUCCAAUACAAAAAAUGAAUUUGAUUGUUACCAAUCAGUCAAAAACGGAGGUUGGACAUUUGAUUCAGAAUUAGUUUAUGAUAUAAUGCAGCAAAAUAAAAGGCAUCAAUUGGAUGCUAUGAUUGAUUUUAUAAGUGAUCUUUCCAAGGUCGCGGUUGCUGAAAUUCGCAUACCUAAACCGGAUUGGAACGAAUAUAGUGAAUAUAAUUGUCUCAAUGGGUACUGUUGUAACAAAUGUUGUACUUGUAAAUCAACUAUUAAUUUAUCACAACUUCCACAAAUAAAACAUUAUUACCCUCCAUUUGAUGACCCCGAUCUAAAUUUCGGCAUGGAAACUACAAUAGCAAGAAUGGAACUCCAUAAAACUCUUCUAGGAACUUGUUAUUGUCUAUGUAAAUGUGGAUCUGAGAAUAUACCUUUAUCUGAACGUAUUGUCUCCGAACAUUCACCCUUUAGCGGAACCGUUAAUGAAUCUAUUUCAUGGUAUGAUAUUGAUGUAAAUGAACCAGAAGAGAGGGAAAAUGUUAUACAAGAGAGACUUAUAAUUAGGGUUAGGAUGGAUUCAAUUCCAAAUUCAUGGAAGAUACGAUUGCCGUUCACAUGCAAAUUGGAUAUGAAGACAGAAAAUUUAUCAACACUAAAUGAAUCUUCUAACACAGAUUUAACCCCUUCAAAACGUUCUAAACUUCAUGAUUCGACAACAAAUACUGACUCUGGUUCCUCAUGUGAUUCAAAUAUGGAGGUUGAAUGUGCCCCAAAAUUAAAUGAACCAGAAAAUGUGAGAACACACUCAGAGGAAACGUUUUCUGAUACUAGAAAUGUUUCAGUUAAAGAUUUCAAGUAUUUAAGUGAUUUUACAUUUUGGGACGCCCUUGAUAUUUUAAAGAAGGAACAAAACUCACUACACAGAUCUUUGAGUAAGAUUGGAAAUAAUAGUCAUUUUGUUGGAAUUUUCGAUCCUAUGGAAAUUGAUUUAUCAGAAAUGAAAACAGAAACACUUAUUAUAGAUAGUGAUUCACUGGUUGUUGAUGCUAAACAUGAUAAUUUUGUUGAAAUUGCAUUUUAUUUACCAUAUGUACCAAGCAGUAUAUUACCGUGGGAAUUCGAAUCUGCUGACGUAAUUGACAUUUUGUCACAUUCUAAAUCAUCUAAAAAUUAUCCUGAUCAAGUUAUUUCAUCGAAAAAUAUUCAUGACCUCCUGAAUGGGUAUAAUGUGGUCCCAUCAUCCUUUAAACGCGUUUUUGAUUUUUUGAAACAAUGGAUACUAGAUAGAAAUAUUCUACUUCAUAAAGAACAUAUGUUGUACAAGAAUUACAAAAGACGUUGGCAUUCAUACUUGAAAAAAUUGAAUCAUAGAAAUACUGUUGAUAUAUUCUCAUGGGGGGUGCUGCCUGUUAGGGCUAUGGACCUUCCAAACAAAUUCAUUCCAUUACCAGCGGGUUAUAAACAGAAUGACAUCAACUAUCCGUACAUAAAACAUGGGACUAUAUCGCCUCAUGAAUGUGUGGGUUUAGGUAUGGCGGAUUUAAUUUAUAGAGAAGAAUCGUUUAGCCAACUUGGGAUGCUUUCUAAACAAGGUCAUUCAUUCGAUGGAGGUAGUGCUCCAGGUAAUCGUUCUAGACAAAGAGAUUCUAUUUCUCUUACAAGAAGAAAAACGGUAGAAACUGAGACCAUUUCAAUUAAAAAUAACGAUGUUGAUCAAGUUUCACGUUCAAAUAAUUGGUUGAUUCCAAAUUAUAGUAACUUGACUGGACCAAGCAUUAGGUGGACAUUUUCAUGUAUGGAUACAUUGGACGAACCGUUACACUGCAUGAGGGAUUUUAAAUCAUUACCAAUUUACAAAAUUCUCAAACUUCCGGAUUCAAAUCUCUAUAAAAUUGAUAAUUUCAUAUGCUACGAUCGCAGGAACGUAAUUGAUCAUAAUUCUGUCAUCCAAGAAGAUAUAAUGGGAAGAGUUUCUGGUAUUUGGACAAGGAAUGAAUGCAAAAUAUUUAUUGAAAAAUAUUUAAUGUAUCCAAAAAACUUCUCAAAAAUCAGUCAAUAUCUUGAUUCUAAAAAAUGUUCGGACUGUGUCGAUUUUUACUAUAGAUUUAAGUAUCGCUUGAAGUUAAAACAACGUCUAAAGGAACUAAAGAGUAGAAUGAAAGGAAAGGCUGAUGCGACACGCUUUUUAAAACGUGAGACAUUUGUUUUAAACUCAUUGGAUGGUAUUCUAGACGAUUGCUACACAGAUUAUGCUAAAGAGUUUAAUAAUAGAAACAAGAUAAGCUUUAAUACGAUAUCUGACUACCUUUUGAGAAGUGGAGCCUUAGAUUCGUCUCAAUCAUAUGAAAUCCAACUAACAGAACAUCAGGAUAAUUACAUAUCUUCUGAUGACGAAUUUCAGCAUACUCUUGACAACACUUCCGAAGGAUAUUUCUUUCCAAGGAAAUACAAAUCACUUGUCACCAGAAAGAACGUUGAAUUUCCAGUUACUGUAUCUCCUGACGACUCAUCAACUACCGUUCAAAGAGGAUGUUUUAUUUUGGAUUAUGGUGAUUCCGAUGAUGAAGAAACUAAAAAAUCAAUGAUUGUUGCCCUGAAUACUGAGGCAUUCUUUCAUACUAGAAUCAAGGGUGGAAAACGUUCAUUUUCUAUUAUAGAAAAAAUGCUCCAGAAACGAGAAUAUGAAAGGCUGGAUGAUCAAACACCAGAUGGUACUUCAUCCCUCAUCAAUAAUGCUUCCGAAGAAUGUUACACACCAAGUGUACAAUUUCAGGAUGAAGUAAUGUACGAAUAUGAUGAUGAUACCAAUGAAUAUGAUCCCAUGGAGGAUAUUUCUGAACCGGCGACACCGGUUAAUGUUAAAAGGACAAGCAUCGCAGGAAAAUAUUCUAAACCCAUCGAUUUUCUCUCUAGCGAGGAUAUACUUGAAAUGUAUGACGAUAUAAUAGAAACACCAUCUAAUAAUUCAAACAAGAAAAAACCAACGAAAUGGACGCUAGAAGAGAAAAUAACGUAUAAUCUAGCACUAGAACGAUAUGGAAAGGAUUGGAAUCAACUUUUUUUAGCUCUCGAACCAUACGGAAAGACAAUGGAACAAAUUAAAAACUUUUAUCACAAAAACAAAAGGAAAUCAGAUCAUGAUUUUCAAACAGAACCCAUGGAAUUUUAA